AUGUGUCCCUCACAAAGAAAUCCCAACCUGGGAUGUGGGCUAGUCUGACAAAGCCGCCAUUUCAAAACGCGAAGGAGCAACACAAGCUGUCGGAAACUUUGUAUAUUGUUUAUUUUUCUAACAUAUUUUUUUAUUUUUCUUAGCAAAUAGGAAAAUUAUAUUACUUUUUGAAUCUACCUCUUCGCCUGCAUCAGCAACUAAAAUGGAUGCAGACACAGAAGAAAAGAUGACAGACACUUCAAAACCUUCCAAGGAUGAAUCUGAGCAACCGGCAAUGGACAACAAAGCUCGGGGCCGUGGGUUUAAAGGUCGUGGUCGAGGGGGUCGGAUGAAUCGAGGGGGCAUGCGUGGCGGGCGGGGCAUGAUGAAAAUGUUUGGACCACCUGUACAUGGGAGGGGACGCCCAAAAGAUGGACCCAUGAAUGGAUUUGCACCCAUGAGAGGAAUGAGGAGGAUGCGACCUUACCCAGAUGUGAGAGGUCAUCGAGGUAGGGGUGGACCAAUGGGCAUGGGCCCUCCUCCUCCUCCUCCUCCCCUACCACCUCCCAUGCACCUCAGAGGCCCCUUCCCACCCAUGCCUAGGCACGGACCCCCUCCGCCCCCUCCUCCAGGUUAUCCUGGUUUCAGAGGGCGUCCACCACACCCUCGAGGACGUGGCAUGCUGCCCCCUGGACCUCCACGCCACUUCCACCCCCGUGGCCCGAGAGGCUACCACAAUGGACCAGUCUCUCCUCCGCCUCACCCCCCACCUGGCAGAGGCCAGAGGUGGCCAGGGCCCCCUGGUGGCCGACGCUUUUAACACAGCCUGCCCUAAAAAACAAUAACCAAGCACCUGUUAAUGUAGAAGGGGCCUAAAACGGUGCAGUAAAUUAAAUGCCCCUCACUUAUGUGUUAUACAAAGUCUGUGGCCAAAUGUCUGGUUAUUGAUAUUGUCUACUGGCAAAGAAAUAAUGUGAAAAAGACUAAUGACAACCGAGGACACAGAAAUGCCUCACAGUUUUUAACAAUGUAAAGGCAUCCUCGCAUUCUGUAACCUUUUUGUUAUAGAAAUAUUGUUGGUACUGUAGGAACUAUUUGACGUUUGUUGAGAAAAAGUUGUUGAAAACAAGACACUGUUCUCGAAGGGAGGAAAAUUCAUGUCAGAGUUCAUUAAGUGUUCUGUGGUUCUUGUUAUAGUCACCCUGUGAGCCUUAAGAAAUGUUUCUGAUCAUUAAUAAAGAAUUACAAAAUGGGUGACAUUGCAUAUUUGAAGGUGGGGAACAAUUGAUAUAAGAGUGCGCAACAGCCCUCAAGCACCACUGUUACUAGCUUAGUACACUUUAGACCUCCCUAACCUUUCCUUUUGUUACAUGGAAAACGUUACUGUAUUAUAACCUCACCAAGCAGUGCAGCAAAUAUUGUUGAACACAGUUUUCAAGAGAAAAGACAAUAUUCCACUUGUCAAGUAUUCAUGAGUAUUUAAUUUUUAUAUUUUAUAUCAUUUAUGUGCAGCUCUUUUUAAGUUAUGAGAAUUGCUGUUUGAAACAUUCAUGUUUGUCUUUAUCAGUCUAUUGUGUAAAGACACAAAGUAAAAGGCAUUAAAUGAAUAGUUUAUAGUUUAUUGAAAUAGAUAUAUAGUAGCUUUUUUAUAGAGGGAAAGCAAAUUCCAUUAUAUUUACUUCAGUUAAGGUUAACUCUUUACUGUGUUCAGUUCUUUGAAUUGUUAUAAAAACUUUAUUCACUGUAAUUAACAUAACUUUUGUGAACCUGUGAAUGUGUUUUAUGAAAAUCGUCAAGACAUAUGAAGUAGUCAUGGAGAAAAAAAAAAUAAAAGUAAAAAUAAACUCAA